GUCGCACGAGCUGUGCCUGCGCUUCUCCAACAAAGUCCUUCCCUCCUCCUCACCAUCAGCAACGACGAGCAACCUGUAAACCUGGUCUGCAAUGGCUAUCAACUCGACGUCGUUGCUAACCAGCUACCAGCGACACUACCUCUCCACCAACCGCCCCGUCUACUACAACCCGCAUCCCGACCUCCUUUCAUCCAUCCCUGACCACCUACUCGCCCUUGCCGCUCCGGUCAUUGCAUAUUGGGCCCUUUCAUUAGUCUUUCAUGUCUUCGACGUCUCAGAUUGGAGGUGGCUUGACAAAUAUCGUAUCCACGAGUCAGCUGAAGUCAAGACUCGUAAUCUGGUCACCCGAUGGCAGGUCAUACGUGCAGUGAUCUUCCAGCAUAUAGUGCAGACAGUAGUAGGUCUCUGGUGGGUAGAGGAGAAAUUGGCCGGUGACCAAGUGGACCAUGUUGCUGUAAUGUCAAACAUGUUGCCUGGUCUCCAUUCACUCGUACGAGUAGUGGUGGGAGAGCCGACUGCGGCGCGGAUGCUUGAGAAGCACGCCCAUGAAAUCCUGUAUGCUGUUUACUGGUGGGCAAUCCCUACCGCCAAGUUCUUCCUCGGGAUGCUUAUCAUAGACACUUGGCAAUACUUCCUACAUCGCGCCAUGCACACGAAUAUCUAUCUUUACAAGAAGUUUCAUUCUGUGCAUCACCGACUCUACGUACCGUACGCCUUCGGUGCACUUUACAAUCAUCCUCUAGAGGGUUUCCUGUUGGACACUGUAGGCGCAGGUAUUGCAGAAUUUGUCGCGGGAAUGACUACACGGGAAGCCACGUUGCUCUUCGUCGUUUCAACAUUCAAAACUGUUGAUGAUCACUGCGGAUACAAUCUACCUCUUGAUCCUCUGCAGAUGUUCAGUGGGAACAACGCUGAUUACCACGAUAUUCAUCAUCAGGUCAUCGGUAUCAAGAGCAACUUCUCACAGCCGUUCUUCAUCCACUGGGACGUCAUUCUUGGCACGAGGAUGACACGAAAGGAUAUCGAACUCCGGAGACAGAAGGGCAAACAGCGAUCCGAGUAGAGCUGUCCAGGUUCGGGUGCUCCACCCAUCUUUACACGUCAUUGUUUUGCAUAUCUUCAUUUGUUGUUUCACCGCUCUCUUUCUGUUUACUAUCCCGUACACUAGAUACCACACCGGCUUGUAUAUUUGGAGUAAGUAUAUAUCAUAAUUGUCUGGACAGACGUACAGUAUGUGAUUGGAUAUGACUUACUUAUGUUAGGUUUAGUUGCACAUAUAUAAUUAGGACUUUAUAUCAGGGCCACCUGCAGGCGUUACGGUUCAUCGUCGUCUAAAUUCAGGGCGGUAUAUACCGAGACAGGCAAUUACUGCAAGGACCAUCUUACAGAGUUAAGGGAAUUCAAUAGUCUUCACUUCUCCAAUAGCAUCCGCGUUAUGUUGACCCAUGAACAAUGCAACAACGUUGUCUCAUGGCAAAGCAACACCUAAUGCAAAUACGUUGCCUCGAC